AUGGCAGGUAUGUUGCUUGUUCUUGCAAUCUUAGAGAACAACUUCCCUCCCCUGCCUCGAUUCAUCCCCCUCAAGCCGUGCUUCUACCAAGAUUUCAACGAGAUCCCUGACCAGCGUCGCACCAUGUGCAAGCGCCUUUACUACUUGUGGAUAUUGAAUAGUGCCACACUGGCUGUUAAUCUGAUUGGCUGUCUGGCGUGGAUGUGCGGCGGAGGUGGGGCCACCAAUUUCGGCAUGGCCUUCCUGUGGCUCAUCCUCUUCACGCCUUGUUCAUACGUGUGCUGGUUCCGGCCCAUUUAUAAGGCCUUCAAAACUGACAGCUCGUUCAACUUCAUGGCGUUCUUCUUCGUCUUCAUGGCCCAGGUUGUGAUCAGUAUUAUACAGACAGUAGGCAUCCCGGGUUGGGGAGUAUGUGGCUGGCUGGCGACCAUCACGUUCUUCAGCACCAACAUCGGCUCAGCUGUAGUUAUGUUAAUCCCCACCAUCAUGUUCACUGCUGUGGCGGUGCUCUCCUUCAUUGCCCUCUCAAAGGUGCACAACUUCUACCGUGGCAGCGGUGGCAGUCUAGGGAAAGCCCAGGAGGAGUGGGCCACCGGAGCCUGGAAGAACCCCCAUGUCCAGCAGGCGGCCCAGCAAGCAGCCAUGGGAGCUGCCCAGGGAGCCAUGCAGCAGAACCAGUACUCUGCAGCACCCACCUACAAUUACGAUGACCCCAUGUAG